CAACAGAGAGAUUAAAACUGAAAGAACUCUAAAGCAACAAGCGAAAUGUCCUCGGCUAAGGGAACCUCCAUCGGCAUUGAUCUGGGCACCACCUACUCUUGCGUUGGGGUUUUCCAGCAUGGCAAAGUGGAGAUUAUUGCCAACGAUCAGGGCAAUAGGACCACUCCCAGCUAUGUGGCCUUUACUGACACCGAGAGGCUCAUUGGAGAUGCUGCCAAGAACCAGGUGGCUAUGAAUCCAACCAACACAAUCUUUGAUGCCAAACGCCUUAUUGGAAGAAAGUUUAAUGACCAAGUUGUCCAGUCUGACAUGAAACUCUGGCCUUUCAAAGUGAUCAGUGAUAACGGAAAGCCAAAAGUCCAGGUGGAGUACAAAGGUGAGAACAAGGCCUUUUAUCCAGAGGAAAUCUCCUCCAUGGUCCUGGUUAAAAUGAAGGAGAUUGCUGAGGCCUACCUGGGACAGAGAGUGUCCAAUGCAGUCAUCACAGUUCCAGCAUAUUUUAAUGACUCUCAAAGGCAAGCCACCAAGGAUGCUGGGGUGAUAUCUGGGCUGAAUAUUCUGAGGAUAAUUAAUGAGCCCACAGCAGCAGCCAUCGCUUACGGUUUAGACAAAGGUAAAAAAGGAGAGCGCAAUGUACUCAUAUUUGAUCUCGGUGGAGGCACCUUUGAUGUGUCCAUCCUGACUAUUGAGGACGGCAUCUUUGAGGUGAAAUCCACUGCAGGAGACACACACCUUGGUGGAGAGGACUUUGACAACAGGAUGGUCAACCACUUCGUAGAGGAAUUUAAAAGGAAACACAAGAAGGAUAUCAGCCAAAAUAAGAGAGCAGUAAGGAGACUCCGUACAGCUUGUGAGAGAGCAAAGAGAACCCUUUCCUCCAGCACCCAGGCCAGCCUUGAGAUCGACUCUCUGUUUGAGGGCAUUGACUUCUACACUUCCAUCACGAGGGCACGAUUUGAGGAGCUCAACUCUGAGCUCUUCAGGGGAACACUGGAGCCAGUUGAGAAGGCCCUGCAAGAUGCCAAGCUGGAUAAGUCCAAGAUCCAUGAGAUUGUCCUGGUUGGUGGCUCCACAAGAAUUCCCAAAAUCCAGAAGCUCUUGCAGGACUUCUUUAAUGGUAGAGAACUGAACAAGAGCAUCAAUCCAGAUGAAGCAGUAGCAUAUGGGGCAGCAGUCCAGGCUGCAAUCCUCAUGGGUGACACUUCAGAGAACGUACAGGAUCUGCUGCUGCUGGACGUGGCUCCACUGUCUCUGGGUAUUGAAACUGCAGGUGGAGUUAUGACAUCUCUAAUCAAACGCAACACUACCAUCCCUACCAAACAGACCCAGAUCUUCUCCACAUACUCAGAUAACCAACCAGGCGUCCUGAUUCAGGUGUUUGAGGGUGAGAGGGCCAUGACCAAGGACAACAACCUCCUGGGCAAGUUUGAGCUCUCGGGUAUCCCUCCUGCUCCCCGUGGCAUACCACAAGUGGAGGUGACUUUCGACAUCGAUGCCAAUGGCAUUCUGAAUGUGUCUGCUGUGGACAAAAGCACCGGCAAAGAAAACAAAAUCACCAUCACCAAUGACAAGGGGCGCCUCAGCAAAGAGGAGAUAGAGCGGAUGGUACAGGACGCUGAAAAGUACAAAGCUGAGGACAACAUACAGAGGGACAAAAUUGCAGCAAAGAACUCACUGGAGUCUUACGCCUACAACAUGAAGAGCAGUGUCGAGGACGAGAAUAUGAAAGGGAAGAUUAGCGAGGCAGAUAAAAAGAUGGUAAUUGACAAGUGCAACCAGACUAUCUCCUGGCUGGAGAACAACCAGCUGGCCGAGAAAGAUGAAUAUGAGCAUCAACAGAAGGAACUAGAGAAUGUGUGCAAACCGAUUGUGGCCAAGCUGUAUCAGGGAGCAGCACCAUCAGGAGGCUGCGGCAGCCAGGCAGGCGGCAGCUCUAAGGGCCCCACUAUUGAGGAAGUGGACUAAAACAAAUAA